UUUCCGGCCCCUCCGCCACCUCCUCCUCCCGCUACCACCACCAGCGCCGCCACCCAUGGCACCGCACCCCGCCUUCGCCUCCUCCCCCACGCGGCCGACCCCCGCGCAGCGCACGCGGUCGCGGCCAAGUCUAGCGCGGACGCGCGCCUCGCGAACGCCGUCAUGUGCGGCUACAUCCGCGCGGGCCGCCUCACCGACGCGGUUGAGGUGUUCGACCGGAUGACCGCCCGUGACGCUGCCUCCUACAGCGCGCUCAUCUCGGGCCACGCCCGGCUGGGCUCCCCCGUAUCUGCUGCCGCGGCGCUCUUCCGCAGCAUGCGCCUCGCGGGAGUCGCCCCCACAGAGUACACUUUCGUGGGCCUCCUCACCGCCUGCAUCCGCAGGGGCAACCCGCGGCUCGGGACCCAGGUCCACGCGCUCGCCGCCAAGGGACGGUACUCCGGCGGCUCUCUCCUCGUCGCCAACGCGCUCCUUGGCAUGUACGUCAAGUGCGGUCGCUUAGAGGACGCUCUGAGGGUGUUCGACGGGAUGGAGGAGCGCGACGUGUCCUCAUGGAACACGGUGCUGUCCGGCCUGGUCGAGCUGGGGAGGUACGAGGAGGCGCUUGAGCUGUUUGGGGACAUGCGGACGGCCGAUGUUGCGGUCGACCGGUUUUCUCUGUCAGCGCUUCUGACGGCGGCUACUGAAGGGUUCAGCCUGCCUCUGGGGGCAGCGGUGCACGCUCUGUCUCUCAAGUCCGGGAUGGAGCUGGAUUUGAGUGUGGGCAAUGCGCUCAUUGGAUUUUAUGCUGAGCAUGGUGAUUCUGUCGAGGAUGUGGUUGGUGUGUUUCAGAGGAUGCCAGUAAAGGACGUAAUUUCGUGGACUGGGUUACUCAAUGGAUACAUGGAAUUUGGUUUAGUUGACAAGGCUCUGCGCGUGUUUGAUCGGAUGCCUGAGAGGAAUUUUGUUACAUAUAAUGCAGUUCUCACCGGGUUUUGUCAGAACAAGGAAGGUGUGCGAGUCAGUUUUGCUAGGAAGGCUGGGCUGCAGGGGCUCGGGUUGUUUAGGCAGAUGCUGGAGAAUGGGUUGGAGAUGUCAGACGUCACCAUGACUGGUGUCCUCAAUGCUUGUGCUAUUGCUGCGGAUAGGAAGAUGAGUGAGCAGGUUCACACAUUUGUGAUUAAGUGUGGCUGCGGUUCAAGUCCUUGGAUUGACGCCGCGUUGAUAGACAUGUGCGUCAAGUGUGGUAGGUCUGGAGAUGCACGUCUGUUGUUUGAGCAUUGGCGCCACCAGGAGAGUUUUCACAUUGCUUGGAGCUCUUUACUGCUUUCUAGCGUUAGAGAUGGAGAGUAUGAGAAAGCGCUUUCUACAUUCCUUCAAAUGUUUAGAAGCAGUGAUAUUCAGUUCAUUGAUGCGUUUUUGUUGACUACUGCACUUGGAGUUUGUGGUGCUUUGGGUUUUACGGAGCUUGGAAAGCAACUGCAUCUGCUUGCUGCAAAAUCUGGGCUUUUGCGUGCUUGUGGAGUUGGUAAUGCAAUUGUCAGUAUGUAUGGCAAGUGCGGACAAUUGGAAAAUGCAGUCACUUUCUUUCAGCGAAUGCCUCAUCGAGACCUUGUGUCUUGGAAUGCGCUGAUCACUGCUCAUCUUCUCCAUCGCCAGGGAGAUGAAAUAUGGGACAUAUGGUCUCAAAUGGAGAGAUUAGCCAUCAAGCCUGACUCCGUGACCUUUCUUCUGAUCAUAUCAGCUUGCAGUUGUACAGACUCAGAUUCUGCAGAUGCAUCUAUGGAACUGUUUCGUUGUAUGUCAAGCAAGUACAACACUGAACCUGCUAUGGAACACUUUGCAGCAGUUGUGUACGUCCUUGGCUGCUGGGGUCAUUUUGAUGAGGCUGAACAGUUUAUAGCUAGUAUGCCAUUCAAGCCUGGUGCAUUAGUUUGGCGAUCUUUGCUGGAAAGCUGUAGCAAGCAGUCCAAUAUGACACUGCGAAGGCGAGCUAUGAGUCAUCUACUUGCCCUGGAACCACAAGACCCAUCCACAUAUGUUCUGGCAUCUAAUCUGUACUCUGAAUCAGCAAAGUGGCAUUGCUCAGAGAACACAAGGCUGGAGAUGCGGCAAAAGGGUAUCCAUAAGAUUCCAGCAAGGAGCUGGACAUUUUAUGACAAUGCUAUUCACUCAUUUUUCGCUCGAGAUAGAUCACAUCCUCAGUCCAAGGACAUCUAUGCUGGUCUGGACGUGCUAACUCUUGAGUGCAUUAAGGCCGGGUAUGAACCAGACACCACCUUUGUCCUACAUGAUGUCGAGGAAUACCAAAAGAGACACUUCCUAAUGUACCACAGUGCAAAGCUGGCAGCUACAUAUGGCCUCCUAAUGGCAGGCUCUGGGAAAAUUAUCCGUGUGGUGAAGAACAUCCGCAUGUGUGGUGACUGCCACUCAUUUCUGGAGCAUGCCUCUGCUGCUACCGGAAAAGAGAUUUCAGUCAGAGACUCGAAUGGGUUUCAUGUUUUUAGGGCAGGGAUUUGUUCCUGUAGAGAUUAGUCUGGUACCAUACCAAUUUUGACUACUUUGCAGUGUCUUUGUAGCACUGUAGAAUCUAUAGAAGAUAUCCUUGUAUUGAGAUCCUGUACAUUGCUAUGAGUUUCUUCAGAAGCAUUCAUGCCAACCAGGGGCGGAGCCAGGCUGGCCGCGUGCCCCGGGCCGCCUUCAAGCAUUUCUCCUGGAUUUGGGCCUCACGUAUUAGGUAGCAGUACAUUCACCAAAGGAGUUGGGCCUCACGCCCCGGGCCCAGGCCCUGCGGGCCUGGGGCCUGUCUCCGCCCCUGAUGCCAACAGCUGUUCAGUUGACAUCAUAUUCAGAAAAGUAUUUUCUUUUGCUCCAAA